CCUUUCCAGUUAAAGAGUUUGAUAAAGUUAAGCGAUAAAAGCACAGUUAGUGCAUCAUAUGCAUUGACGACAAUAUUUCUGUAAACAGUUUUAAUGAAUAAUUCUUAUGCUAAAUUUAAGGUCGCGAGACCAUUAAGGCUGACCCUUAGUGUACUGUUCGUAUGAAAUUAAAACUGUUAGUAGAAUCGUGUCAAGGAAGGAAUGCGUUAAACUGAUCUCCUUGAACUUUGCUCUUCAUCGAGAGACCGAAAAAUGACGAGCCAAGCCGACCAUCAGAAGAGAUUGAAUCUCGAAAGGGCCACGAACUUCAUGAGACAAUAUCGAGAUCCCAAUUCACGGGAAUUGAAGAAACUCUCUGCGAACCAAUUUAUGGAGGUUUGGAGCCAUUACGACAAAGACGGAAAUGGAUACAUCGAAGGAACCGAACUGGAUGGGUUUUUGAGGGAGUUUGUUUCCAGCGCCAAUGCAACCGACAUUGGCCCAGAGGCUGUAUCGGACGAUAUGCUGAUUGAGCUGAAGGCCUGCUUCAUGGAGGCCUACGAUGACAAUCAGGAUGGGAAAAUUGAUAUUCGCGAGCUGGCUCAAUUGUUGCCGAUGGAGGAGAACUUUUUGCUACUAUUCCGCUUCGACAAUCCGCUAGAGUCCAGCGUCGAAUUCAUGAAGAUUUGGAGGGAGUACGAUACGGAUGGAAGCGGAUACAUCGAGGCAGACGAAUUAAAGAACUUCCUCCGCGAUCUGCUGAAGGAGGCGAAGAAAAUAAAUGACGUCUCCGAGGACAAACUCAUUGAAUACACAGACACGAUGCUACAAGUUUUUGACGCUAAUAAGGAUGGGCGCCUGCAGCUUUCGGAGAUGGCAAAAUUACUUCCAGUCAAAGAGAAUUUCCUAUGCAGACAAGUGUUCAAGGAAGGAAUUGAAGGCGCCACGAAGUUAACCAAAGACGACAUUGAGAGAGUGUUUGCAUUAUAUGAUCGAGACAAUAACGGGACAAUAGAGAAUGAAGAGCUCAGAGGGUUCCUGAAGGACUUGUUGGAAUUGGUUAAAAAGGACUACGAUGCUCAAGAUUUGCGGGACUUUGAGGAAACCAUCCUCAGAGGCGUGGAUUACAAUCAAGAUGGCAAAAUCAACAAGAAAGAACUGACGAUGAUCCUGCUAGCCAUUGCAAAGCACAAUCAAGAGGAGGAACCUGCCGCAUAAGUUGGUUUUGCCGACAUACGAAAAACUAGUUUUAAGAUUUUAAAGUUGCCAAUUUAUCGACGUUAAACUAGCACAAAUUUUUAAAACCAAUCAGUGUCAAACUGCAUAUAUAGACGGAUUUAAGCGACCAUGAAGCCCAGAUGUAUACGUUGAACUGCAUGUAUGAUACACAAGACUUGAGUAUUUUGCCAUCACCUAAAAGUAUUUGAAAUAUAUCAACAUACGGAUGUUGAUUCUUUGACAUAUCUGGUAAUUCAGGACUCUUCUCGGCUUAGUUUUUAAGUUUUUUACCCGGAAUCUCAAAGGGGCUUCAUGAGGCUCGCAUGUAAGCAGAUCACUAAUGUUAGACUUUAAACACCACUUUGAAACACCAAUUUCAAGAAAUUAUCGUAAGACUAUUCAAUAGCAUGUAGCCUAAAGUAAUUGUCAGAAAACCUGUUAGAUCGCAACCUUCAUUUGCUCGUUUCCAGCGUUUUCCGGUGAAGAGUUGCCGAUCGCUUCAAAGCACUUUUAGCCUCUCUGUUGGGAAUUUCUACUAAAACCAAUGCUAAGAUUAUCACGUUCCUUGCAACAAUCUAUCAUGCUAAAGUGUAAUGUACUCUUAAUAUAAGAUAGCUUCUCCUGUUGCUACUCUAUAUCAUUCUACAAGACUUCUUCAUAACUACGUUAUAAGGUUUAAAGGAUCUAUUUUUCACUAUCUCUAUGGUUAAUAGUUGUUUUGUACUUAGUUGUAAAUUUAAAUUACAUUUAGUAUCGUUUCGAAAGGUUACUCAAUGUAAAUAAUAGUUGACUUUCACAUCGUUGCUGUUUCAUUUGGAAUUGUAUGUAUAGUAGUAAAUAAAGUGGCGUAGAAACAAAAGCCGAAAGCGCUUCCAAUUCAAAUCAAUGGAUUUAUCGGAAAUAUGCUGAAAAACCGGAACUGGCUUUAAAGAAGAAGUAGUUUAAAAUUGUACAAAGACAAUCAAACAUCUGAUGAGGUGAAUGGAAGCGAAUUGGCUUGGGAGUGAAACAUGCAAGCGCUGCGCCACAUUGAUCAGCUUUCUUCACUUUGUCAAGUAAAUAUGGAAAUAUUUGCCUUUUCAUGUAACCCAGUGAGAACCUGUAGAGUUUCUCAGAUCGCCCAUUCAUAUGCAAACCGAAGGGUUUUCAAUACACAACACUAAACUCAAAUUAUAUCAGAAUAUUCCAAACUUUUCCUGAUGGCAUCUGAGUAAACAUCUGCAGUCCACUCAGCUCCUUGUUCUAGUCUUCAAUAAAUAUGAGUGAAAAACUCGCUAGAAUUAUAAGCAAGAUGUCCAUAUAGUAUACACGUUAGCCUAUACAGUGUAAAGAAAAUAUCGUUACUGUUUGCUAAGUUGAUUUUAUAUAGUUUAUUCAUUUUCCAUAUUUAGCAUACAGUUUUGCUGCGAAAUAAAGCGAUGUAAUUUCAAAA